AUACGAACUCCGAUCAGCGUGGACGCGAAUUUUGGACACACUGGAAGCCGCGUUUAUUGCCUGCUCCUUCAUCGUGAGGAUUAAGGAUUUGGAUAUUGAACUGAGAGAGUUGGUACGGCUUCUGCCGCAGCCUGUGGGAUUUUCGACAGGUGCCGCAGUGGACUAACGGAAGUGUCGGGCGGAUAGGGCCGCAAACCGGUCCUGGAGAGUUUUCAUUUGGAAAGGUGUGAAAAAGUAAUUGAAAAUUAAAGAGGGCCUCCUCGGUUGGCCUAAGAGGGAACGGAAAGAAGGUUUUGUUCGCUCGGGCGAACUGAAGUGUGUGAAUUUAACGUUUUUUCUUCUUCGGGAUUCGGCUCGCCAAAAGGAUAGGAAGGCGUUCUUGUUUUCUCUCUCUGUUGAAUGAAAAUUUAUUUCGAUUGAAGGUGAGCUCAAGUGGAAAAGCUUUGGCCUUUUUGUGGUGGCUUGGUUUACCCGUCAAGAGUUUGGGAAGUGCACGUGCACGGAGAAGUGAACGAAGCAUGUCCAUCGCAGGCGAGUGUGCAAGAAAAGUUUAAUAAAUUCGCCAGAAGUCAGCGAAAACAAAUAAGUUACGUAAAGAUGCAAUCCAACCAUAUUACAUUGAACCCAAAGGAAAUCUCGGCAGAUUAGGUGAGGCGUUAAUUGUGGUAAACCAACGGUAGAACAACCCCACCCCGAAUGGGAGAGAGAAACGGAAUAUAAUAUUACAAUAAGGAUUAAGUGAUUAGGCAAAGUGCUUUCAUUUAGGCAGUUGUUCGUGGUUUGUUGUACGACGAUGUCGGCGGUUUAUUCAAAAUAACCAUCUCCGGAAGGAGGAAGGCUCAAUUUCAAGAAUUUCCCAGUGACCCGUAGUAAUCCCUUGAACCAAGGAAAGGCGCGCUAUUUGUGCUUGACCGUUUCGAGUGAGCCGUUACACGUUUUCCAUUUUGCUCAAUCCAAUUCAUGUAGCUCCAAGCAUCAAGUGUUUUUCAAACUCUUAGCCCUAUUCUGUGCUCAAUCACCGUGAAGUAUUUAUUCGAAGCAGAAAAUAAUCUUUCAUACAGAACGAACGGUAAUCCAAAGAACAACAAGUUACCAUCGAAAAAGUCCAGCUCCAAUCUCUUCUCUUCGGUGGUGGAGCGUGAAACGGAAUAAAAGUCUUCGAGUGCACCACCAAAGAAGUAUUUUCUGUGGAUGUUUUUGGUUUUCGCGCAAACGGAUCGAAGCUAGAAAACAAACAACGCAGCGCAAAGACAUUCUAAGGACUGUGAGGAGUAGCGGAUUUUGCGGGAAAUAAAAAGAUUUCGGCAGCUCAAGUUGAAAGGUCAUCGUACGGAGGCGUGACCCCGCGGACAUCGUUCGUCCUGUUUGAAGUGCACAGCGAAGAUCCAACAAAUCCUAGUUGCGGAAAAACCACCCACCGAAUGGGUCGUUGAUAUUGCUGCUGCUGCUCGCACUGCUAUAUGUGAAAAUUGCUUCACCCGACCGCAGCCACAUUUCCAUCGAUUCCCCUCCUGCUAGUUGUCAGGACCUCGCCUAUACCGCUGUGGAAGGGCACGUCGUCGUCGUCGUUGUCGGUCGGUGGCUUCCUUCCCACGACUAUGCUCACAUUUGACCCAAGCAGCAGGAGUAGCAGUAGUGGCGAAAAUAAUGAUGAAAAAUUUAUGGAAAAAGUGUUGCAAGCGGAAAGUGUCGAGCGGUGCUUAUGAAUAAUUUCGUUUGUUCGGCGGUCGUAGACUCGUUGUUCGGUGGCACACUGCUUGCUCGUUCCGUUCGCUCGAUGCGUGGUUUUUCGCUUUCCGACGACGGGAACCGCAACUGUUCAAAAGUCGGGGAAUUAGUUUGAACGGUGUGGGAUAGUGUGGGCUAAAAAAGUUUGAAUCGUGUGUGCUUUACUGUGAAAGUGUUUGUGCGUGGCGAAAAGUUCCAAACAUCACCGUAGGGGUUGGUGGGAAAAAAGAGAAUAAAAACUAUGUUAGACUUUCAUCAGCUCACUAUUUUUAUCCCUUCGGUAGUUCCGUGAAUAGUGGAGAUUUGAUUCGUGAUACUACAGAGUUGGAGACUGCAAAAUCGCUUCAUACCCGUAGGCAGCAUAUUGACUUGCGCAAAAUAAUGAAGAUUUGAACAGAUUGCUGUUUACGUUUACCCAUUUUCAACACACAAAAAGAGCUACAAAAAACAAGCGUUCAACAACGGAAUAAAAAGCGAACAAAUCGAUUUCCAAUAAAGCAAGAGUUGCAGGCGGCUUUGGCUUCACGAUAUAAAGCUUCGCUACUCCGCACUCGCUGGUACGGUCGGGGUGAGAGCGUGUUAAAAGCUUCCUGUGAACAAAAACCAAAGAUAAAAACAAAUCACAACCAUUUGUCUGAGUUACCCAGAGAAAGGCUGCCGUAGGGUGGCGUCGGAGGUUAUAGAAAGCUAGCGAAGCAGCAAAUUGCAACCAGAAAAAAAAGUAUCAUCUGCCAACCUGGGUUUCGUUCCCCAGCACGGUUUGAGAGCAUUUCGAGUGAAAUAUCAAAAUAAAUACGAGGUCAUAAAUUUUGCCACAAAAAGUUGAAUCCUCGGUGGCAAAAAGCAGCAGCAGCUUCGGCUUUCCCGUGGAAGGACAAAAGGACUAGAAGAAGCAAAAGCGUAAAUUAUCGAUUUCGAUAAACAAAUCAUAACCAUUAGAAUGAGGUUAGAACGGGUAGCAGAUAUGGACUUUUACGGUUGCGGGAGUGCGAUUGGUACCACCGAGGAUUUGGCCAGCGGGAAGCAUCCCUUGGCCGAAGCCAUUCCAUCCGGUGCUCAGGCUCAGUGUUGGCCCGGAUGUAGAACAAACCCACAGAGCUCGAAUGAGGUCAACCACAAUAGUAACUGCCCUGGCACUGCUGAUCGUAAUGUUCGGGGCGUCGACGUGGAUGAUGGUGAUGAGCAUCAUGGUGGCGGUUACCACGAUGAUGGAAGCAGUCGGAGUCCAUUGGUCACAGCAGGCACCCAAUCAUAUUUGCCAUUUAGCAAUGCCUCCUCCACAACCACCGCCAACAGUAGGAGUAGAAGCCGUAGCAGAAAAAUAGGAUCCCAUCUGCAUCCGGUGACAUUUAUCGCCCUGGUGCUGCUGACACAAUUGACUGUAAAUAUUAGCAUAGGUGAAGCAGCCAGCCAGAUACUGAACAAAGCGGAACCUCUCUUUAUCACCCGAUCGGAAGCGUUCAAGUUCGCCGUUGGGGAUACGAUUGCCCUGCCCUGUGAGGUGUCUUCGCCUGGUUCGUACAUGUUGGCAUGGAAGCGGGGCAUUGCGAUUCUAACGGCCGGCUCGACCAAAGUGACACCGGACCCACGGGUGCGGCUAGUGAAUGGCUACACGCUGCAAAUACUGGAUGCUUCCCAGCAGGAUGCCGGCGACUAUAUCUGCCAGAUGGCGACCAUGAAUCCACGGGAGAUUACCCACCACGUGGAGAUACUCGUGCCGCCCAAGAUUACGCACGUGACGUCCGGUGGUCACUUGCAGGUGCGGAAGGGAUCCCCGGUGCGGCUGGAGUGCUCGGCUACCGGCAAUCCGAUGCCGAACAUCACGUGGACCCGGAAGAACAACGUGCUCGAGAAUGGGGAAGCCCAGUACACGUCGUCUGUGUACACCAUCGAGAACAUGGACCGGCACAAGGGUGGCACGUACAUCUGCACGGCCAAUAAUGGCGUUGGUCAGGUGGCGACCAGUCAAAUCAUACUGCAUGUGCUGUAUCCUCCCGAAAUAGCCGUGGAAAAUCCGAUUGUGUACUCCGGAGAAGGCCAGGAGGCAAUGUUGGUGUGCAUCGUGCAUGGGGAGUCCCAACCGGAGGUGGUAUGGCACAAAGACACCAUGCAGAUCGAUCAAACCGAGCGGCACGUGAUAGAAAGCCGCGGUGCCCGCCAUACCCUGAUCAUACGGAAGGUGCAUCCGCAAGACUUCGGCAACUACAGCUGCAUUGCAGACAAUCAACUGGGCAAGACACGGAAAACGGUCACCCUGACGGGCAAACCGAAAGCCGCCGUCUUCCGUUCGAUGCCCAACAGCCAGUGGAAGGAUCGUUACAACAUAUCGUGGGUGGUGGAUUCCCACUCGCCGAUUGAGGAGUACAAACUGUACUACCGAUUGGUCGACGGGGACGUCCUUCAAACGCACGAUGGCAUCUACGUGGACGAACGAAAGUCCCACCACCCGUACAUUCCCGGAAACAUGCUGGACUACGACCGGAAGAUAACCUCGUUCGAGCCGUACUCGUACAACAAUGCCUACAAUGGGCACAGCAUGCACCGGGGCGCCAGGUGGUCCAAGACGGACUGGCGGGACGUGGUACUGCCGGCGUUCCCCUACUCCCAUCACUACACUCAGGGCAUGAGCUAUCUGCUGCGUGGGCUGGAUCCGGACCAGCAGUACGAGGCCCGAGUGCAAUCGAGAAACCGCUACGGAUGGAGUGAUUUCUCUGACAGCUUUCUGUUCACAACGUCAAACACAGAUACCGAAAUUCGUGACCUGAGCGUAACGCAUCGAGGAGGCUCCAACGGUAGUCCGCGUCUUCAUACCAGCGCCACUACCAGCUGCUUCAUCGCCCUUAUCCUGGUGGCAGUUUUGGUCAGCAAUCUAAGAACCAGCAGCAUCAGUUGCAGCAGUAGCUUUUAAAGCCACACUACCGCACAAAGCGAUCCGAAGAUAGCCCAUAAGGAAACCAGCUGCUCCUGUUGCUGCUGCUGCUGCCGAACAAAACUUGAAAUGAGUUUUCCACAAACAGCCCCCGGAUUAGGCGCGUUUCGUCCAGUUUCGGCAACAGAUGCACCACCAUCAGCCAUUUGACCUGACAGACCAUAGCCACUUGGUUGCACAUUGUGGUCUUUGUAGCUGCUGCCCAACUUUCGAGUUCACCCAAGUUCGUAGAAGGUACGCCAGACUUCGACCAGCCAGCAUUGGAAACAUGGGUCCGCCAUAAUCUGCUCCCGAGCGGUGCUGUCGAACUGGUGCGUCGGAUGUGUGGUGCAAAGCUUUUACUGCUUCCUCGAGCGGUGGGGUUACGGUAAUUGGUUUUCUGAUAAUUUGAACAAUUCUCCGUAUUAUAAAGUGAGGACGAAGAAGAAAGUUAUGAUAAAUUCUGCGUUUCCGCAUACAUAUGUCUGUGAGAAUGAAAUUAUGAUGGCUCAUUGCGCUUUUUUGAUAUAAUAGAACUCUGCUCAUCGCAGCUGAAGGUUAUUGCAAUGAGUGUGAAAAACGCAGAACGAGAAGCAGUAAACUGAUUGUGUAGCUUUAGUCGAUCAUAUUGUAUAUUGAAGAAAACAAAACUAGUUAAUGUAAGACAUCAGAAAACUCUAUUAGAUAAAUUUAGCGAAAUCCCAAUGUUACCAAUUAUUUCCGAUUGCUACAAUCAUAGGUCAAGGAUAUUUUUUCUUAACCAUUAAACUCACAAUCAGAGUUUUCAGAGGAAAUCUAAGAACACACUGAACCAAACCAACUCACUUUCACACAUUUUCACAAGAAAGAACACACACUCAAAAAAAAACUCAAAAAACGUUAGGUGAAAAUGGGUAAAAAUCACCAGCUGUACUUUUAAGACUCCUGAAUGUAUUCAUAAGUCAGUGUAAGAUACCGAAAUCGUACUAGAUAAGAGACAAAUGUGUAAAAUUUACGAAUGGAAUAGCAAACUAGAAGAGCGAUGUAAGAAGCCAGUAGUGAGCAAAACCGAAAAAAGGGAAUUUACAUGAAAGAUGAAAAGAAAACUCUUUAUAUGAAAAAUUGAUAUACUUUUUAUGAUAUUAUAAUAUUGAGACAAAAACAAAAACAGAAAAAAAUGAUGCAAGACUAAUCGUAAUGAGCAUACCAGGAAAAUGGAAAACUUAGACGCACUUUUGUACAUAGAGAGAUAACACCUACACAAAUGAAAACACAAAAGUCUACUUCAAUUGAAGAACAUAUUCCCGAUCGCAAAUCCUUAUCGUAUGAAAUAGAGCAAACUGGGAGGGAAAAUGGAUUUUCAGUGCACUCGAAUAAAGAGAAAGUGAAAUAAA